AGAUGGAGUCCAUCCUGGGAUGAAGAAUCGAUAAAUAUACUUGGUGGGGAUUUCAAUAUCAAUAUAGAUCCUGAGACAAACAGAGUUAGUCAAGCAAUAGCACACCCAAAUUCAACGAGCCUACAACUCAAAAAUCUUACAAACAACUUUAUUGAUUCAGCAACUCUUGAGGGGA